AUGGAACAAGGAGAACAAGGACAAUAAAAGCAACUUUAACUUACUGAGGAACUAAAGCAAGAGAUGCUGAAGCAUACUGGCUUCUCAUAAGACCAUAUUAAGGAGCACUAUGAUGAAGUUGCAGAGAAAUAUGAUGCAAUUUACCUAAAUGCUGGAUAUCAUGAUCAUGAGCAGUGUGGCCAACUUGUUAAUAGUUUCUUCCAAGAGAAUAAAGACAUCGAAAUUCUAGAUUUGGGAUGUGGAACUGGACUCGUUGGAGAGUCUUUGAAGCUACACGGAUAUAAUAAAGUAGUUGGAAUUGAUGCCAGUAAAGGCAUGAUUGAUGCAGCAGCUAAAAAGUAAGCAUAUACUGAAUUAGUCGAGCUAUUCCUUGGAAAGCCAGAUACUUUCCCCGAGCAAUUCAGAGAUAGAUUCGAAGCAAUCACUGCCUCUGGAAUUUUAGCUGAAGGGCACCUUGGAGUAGAGGUAUUCGAUGAAUUUUUGCUUGCUUUAAAAUAAAAUGGAAUAGCAGUCUUCACUACUAGAUCCAUGUACCUCGAGAAAUAUGGAUACCAGAAGAGAAUGGACGAGCUAGAGGCAGAGGGUAAAUGGAAGAAAGAAAACUAGGUGUCAUUUUUAAGAUAUGACAACCUUGGAGAAGAAAAAGUUGGAAGAUAUCAAACAGUCGAGGUAUUUGCAUUUGCUUACAGAAAAUUAUGA